GGAAUUGGACGAAGCCGUUCGAUUAUACGAACUAAAUAAAGAUUCCGAAUUAACGAUACAUGUUUCAAUAGUGUAAAAAUAACAUUUGGACAUAAAAAAUAGUUAAAAAGAAUUAGUCUAUUAUGGCUUGGGGCUACUGGAGUGCAUCUACUGUUUCUGAUCGAGGCAAGUCACCAAAACGCCAAUCGUCAUCUUUGGGUUUUUAUAACCAUCAUGUACCAAUAUCCACUCCAGCUCCUCCAUCUACAUCAUACUACCAACAUCAGUCCUUGCACAGCACUAGUAGUUUUGGUUCCAUAGAAGAUGAUGAUUAUCAUCAUACCUCCACAUUUUACCGUCGUCCUUCACUUGGAGAUAUAGAAUUCACAGGGCCAGGUUCAUUAUCUAUAAUGUUAAAUCAAGAUAUUCCUCCUUCUCGACCCAGAACACCACCGCCACGUCAUUUGUAUGCCCCACCUACUUCGUUAAGUCUGCCGGAUUCGUGUGGAUCGACAAUGGUUAUGCGACAAAACAUGAAUUGCUUUGGUUACCAAUCUACUCCUAUUGUACAACAUUAUCCUUGCAGUGUUCAUGACCCAUCACCAUCUCCUUCUAUUUCUGAUGAUGAAGACCAUGUUUACGCCACAGUAUUUCCUAAUGUACCACAAGCACCAGGAAUGCCUUGUCAAGGAGAAGAUCGUAGUAUAUACAGACGUGGAGCCAGAAGAUGGAGGAAACUAUAUCGAGUGAAUGGACAUAUUUUUCAACCUAAAAGGUUUAACAGGCGAGCAUUUUGUGCAUACUGUCAUGAUCGAAUUUGGGGAUUAGGACGGCAAGGAUUCAAAUGUAUUCAAUGCAAAUUGCUUAUUCACAAAAAAUGUCAUAAGCUUGGUAAAAAAACUUGCACAAAUGAUCCUAUAGGUAAUGAAGACACCAAUGGUGAUUCACAGACAUCUCUAAGUACACCUAGCUCUGAUACUGCUAUACCGGAUUUAAAAGAAUAUUCUGAUCAAAAUUCUGUUAUUGAUCAAUCUGCUGAUUCUGUACCCAUUGAAGAUCCACAAGCUAAAACCGGUGAUGAAGAAGUUGGAGUAUCACGUCAAUAUUCUAUUGCAGACUUUGAGCUAAUUAGGGUUAUUGGUCGUGGAAGUUAUGCCAAAGUUCUCAUGGUUGAACUUAAAAAAACAAAAUGCAUCUACGCUAUGAAAGUUAUAAAAAAAGCACUUGUUACAGAUGAUGAAGAUAUUGAUUGGGUACAAACAGAGAAACAUGUUUUUGAGACUGCCUCUAAUCAUCCAUUUUUGGUCGGUCUUCAUUCUUGCUUCCAAACUGCCAGCCGAUUAUUUUUUGUGAUUGAAUUUGUUCGUGGAGGUGACUUAAUGUUUCAUAUGCAAAGGCAAAGGCGAUUGCCUGAAGAACAUGCUAGAUUUUAUGCUGCAGAGAUUAGUUUGGCUUUGAAUUUUUUGCACACUAAAGGUAUAAUAUAUCGAGAUUUAAAAUUGGAUAAUGUACUACUUGAUCAUGAAGGCCAUAUAAAAUUGACGGAUUAUGGAAUGUGUAAAGAAGGAAUAAGGCCUGGGGAUACAACUUGCACAUUUUGCGGUACUCCAAAUUACAUUGCUCCAGAAAUUUUAAGAGGAGAAGACUAUGGAUUUAGUGUGGAUUGGUGGGCUUUAGGAGUUCUUUUGUAUGAAAUGUUGGCUGGCAGAAGUCCAUUUGAUAUUGCUGGAGCUUCAGAAAACCCUGAUCAAAAUACUGAAGACUAUCUAUUCCAAGUUAUUUUGGAAAAAACUAUUCGUAUUCCGAGAUCACUUUCUGUAAAAGCAGCAUCAGUUUUGAAAGGAUUUUUAAAUAAGAAUCCUGUGGAUCGUUUGGGUUGUAAUCGGGACACUGGCUUCUAUGAUAUUAUAACUCAUCCAUUCUUUAAAUCUAUUGAUUGGGAAAUGUUAGAACAAAAGCAAGUUAGCCCUCCAUAUAAACCACGACUAGAUUCUGAUCGUGAUCUUGCCAAUUUCCCACCAGAAUUUACAGAUGAACCUGUGCACUUAACACCUGAUGAUUUACGUGUCAUUGAAAAAAUCGAUCAGUCUGAAUUCGAGGGUUUUGAAUACGUGAACCCGUUGCUGAUGUCGCAAGAGGACAACGUGUGACACGAGGAGGACUGCGACGAUUACGCCGCACCCCACAAUAUGCAGCAUUACCAUCACGAAGCUGACUGUCCCUGUUCGACGACGAUCGACUCGCCCCCAGACAACGGCAGGCCGCCGUCUAGGGGAUGGUUUUGCUUACCGCUCCGAUAAUUACUCCCCCUUCCAUAAAAAAAAAAUGUGAUUAUUUUAAUAUUACAAUUCCGCUGACGACGGCCAUAUUUAUUUUACAUAUUAUUAUUAUAAAUAUUUAAUUAUUUGAUUAUUAUAUAUAGUUUCUCGCGCGUGUCCGUCGCCGGCGUCGACGGUUUUCAAUGGCUCAACUUAUUCCGACGAUUUAUCAUCAUAUUUUCGGUUUGGAAGUACUUUAAUUCGUUUUCAAAACCAAAUUCUAAAACUUUUUAGUUCCUCUUCGAUAAAUAUAUUACUCGCUUUAUUUUCCAUUAUAUACAAAAAAUAUAAUAUACAUAUUAAUAUGUUACAUUAUAUUUAUAUACAAGGUGUAUAUUAUAUAAUAUGUUGCCGCAUCUCGUGUGUGUAUUGGAUUCAACUUUUUACCAUAAACCUCGUUCGUCUUAACACGCAUAUUUGAUAUAUGCUCAAACAUCCUUAUCAUUUGUCUACUGAUGACGACAAAAUAACAUGAGUUUUCACACCCACCUCAUCCACCUACCCACCAACUCAUUCGCCGUCGACGGCCAGACAAAAAAAUUAACUCGUCGAUUUAAUGGACCGUGUAGCUUGUACUAACAUUUUUAUUAUUACUACUACUACUACUACUAUUAUUAUUAUUACUAUUUAUUAGUAUUAUUAUGUUUUUACUCGUUGGGAGAAACGUAAUGUACCCCUUCGUAUACGCUUACCUAGACCUUUGUCCACAGAAGAAUUUCAUUGAUAUGCACAAGUAUUGUGUAACAAUUUCUGGCUCUAUCUCCUACACCCGACCCAUCCACACACUAAUAAUAUUGACUGAUCUUCACCGCCGUAGUGGAUCGUGAUUUAUAUGAUACACAAAGAUUGAGAGAGAGAGGGGGGAAUGAAAUAAUCUUUUCGCUUCCUCUCCUUAAUUUUUGAUUUUAUAUAAAUUAUUAUAUCCAUUCAUUAUCGUCGUCGUUCGGUAAGAAUUGUGAUAAUCCAUCUUCCUGCACCGCCGCGAAAUUCAUAAAUCAAAAUUGACGACGAAUAAUUGGGCUCUAAUUUUUUUUUUGUUACGCACGACGACGCGUUUUGAUCGGUACUGUGCAUAAUAUUAUGCAAAUUGGUACCCUACAAUGCUCAAUGAUUAAUAGUAAUAAUAAUAACAAUAAUAAUAAUAUAUUAGAUGAUCUAAUUACAUUCCUUAUUUAAAUUUACAA